AUGAUUUCAACAAUCGGCACAACAACAAUUCAAGCCGCGAACGGCGGGACUCUGUCCACAACAACAGCACCAAACUCGUUAGUCAUGAAUCCUACGUCAAUGUUAGUAGAGAUGAAAAACUUCAUUCCUUCUUCAUAUACUUUCGAAACAAAAAUCCAGAAGAUAAAGCAAGAACUUUUAACAAGUAAUUUAGACUGUAGUGCGAAAGAUGAAGAAAAUGAAGAAUAUCUUUAUGAAAUGCAGGACAUUAUUGACCAUUUACCCAAAUUGCCUGAAAUCCAACAACAAAAACUCACUAUUCCUGAAUUCGACGAAAUAGAAGUCAAAGCAACUGACUCAGUAGAAAUAAAGAAGUUCAUACGUAAAGUAAAUUAUGAAUUCCUUGGUUUUCAUUGCAACCAUAAGGUUAUGGACAAAGAUUGCGACAUGGUAUAUAAAAACAUUUCUGACAUAUAUAAAUCUGAGGAGUUUAAGACCUACGAUAACUUUGUUUCAUUAGUUGCAAA